AGGCGCAUGCGUGGUUCCCUCUCCCGGUUACUAGGAGGCAGGCGACAGUUGAAUGUUAGGCGCGGGAUUUCCGGUUUACAUUUUGCACCGUUUAUCACCGGAGCAUAAGCAUGGCGGAUCCCAGAACUCGACAGAUAAAAAUCAAGACCGGCGUAGUGAAGCGGCUGGCAAAGGAAAAGCUUAUGUACGAAAAAGAAGCAAAACAACAAGAAGAAAAAGUUGAGAAAAUGAAAGUCGACGGGAAUGAUCAGUAUAUGGUUAAGAAACAGAUGGAAGUCCUGCAAGAAUCACGGAUGAUGAUUCCAGAUUGUCAGCGUCGAUUGGCAACUGCACACAAUGACCUGGUACAACUAUUGGAAAGUGAGAAAGAAUUGGAAGACACUGAGGAAUACAAGGAAGCCCAGGCCACAAUAGGAUCGAUCAAACUAGAAGCCUAGAACCUAUUUCUUAAUGAUAAUAUUUUGUUUUGUUACAAAUAUUUGCACUGUCCGUUCCAUCCCCUCCCACCCAAUUUCAGUUUUAGGCAUUAUGACCCUGUUAUUAUUAUGCUCGGGAUCGAUGGAUGAACCCUGUGUAAUCUCUUGCAUUGCACAACCGACUGUGUACCCAAACGAAUUUUGUGCUACAUCAUGGUGAAAUAAUGAAACAUUAAAUAAACGUACAUGCUGACAAUGAA